GGUGUAACGAAAAGACAGUCUCAUUCUCACGGUGUCCCCAAACAUAAGCCUACGAUGAAGCUGGUAGUGUUGUUUGCCCUCGUUUGCUACGCACUCGGCAGCGAAUCGCCCGGGUUCUUCAUCAAACUCUCAAAAAGUGUGCCUCGAAUUGGACGGCGUGGUGACUUGGAGAACUUUUUCCUCAAACAAUCGAAAAGUGUGCCGAGAAUAGGGCGUCGUGCAGGAGGAUUCCAUAUGGAAGCAUCAACCCCGGACGAGAGUGGAUCGAGCUGGUUCGAACGGUACAUGAAGACAUCGAAACGUCCCACGCCCGGUUCGCUGAUUCCGGACGAUAUGGGCAAAUCGUACAAGAAGAUUCGUCCGCUCGAUCUCAACCAUAUCAUAGACAUCCUGUCGGAUGAUCUGUUCUUCGGGUCCGACCUUAAGUUCAUCUCCUGGGAGGUGCUUGAUGAGGCGCUCGAGGAAGAUCCGGAGCUACUGCAGAAGCUUGCCUCGCUGGCCCGCGAUAAGGAGGUACAGCAGCUGAAGAAGAUGCUGGGCGAGCAUGGGGAGGAGGUGGUACAGUAUGUACCGAUCGACCGGAAUGAGAUCGGUGCGGCCAACAGCCGAUCGUACAUGUACCGGGUGGACAGAGCCGAUCCGAACAAGGAACGCAUCGAGUAUCAGCAGUGAUCGAUCGAUGGGCUAAUGGACGUCGAAGUUGGGGAGAAACUACACGAACGGAUAUGGACAGGACGCACUCGGAUGGGCGUGCGGAACAUUAAUCUAUUGCACUCGGUGUCUGUGUGUUUUUGUAUACCAAUAAUUGAAUAAAGUUACAUCGUGUCCUACAGUGCAUUUGGAAAAUGAAGCCUAGCCGUGGGGUGUAAUCGUCUACUAAAGCCAAACAUUG